UGUGGGGUGCCUCAGGUGUCGAUUCUAUCGCCCCUCCUGUUCAACAUCUACAUGAAGCCGCUGGGCGAGGUCAUCAGUGGUUUUGGGGUGAGUUAUCAUUUGUACGUUGACGAUACUCAGCUGUACUUUUCCACCCCGGACCACCCCAACGAAGCUGUCGAAGUGCUGUCCCGGUGUCUGGAAGCCGUACGGGUCUGGAUGGGGAGAAACAGACUCAAGCUCAAUCCCUCCAAGACGGAGUGGCUGUGGAUGCCGGCACCCCGGUUCAGUCAGCUGCAGCCGCAGCUGGCUGUGGGGGGCGAGUUAUUGGCCCCAACGGAGAGGGUGCGCAACUUGGGUGUCCUCUUGGAUGGGCGGCUGUCGUUUGACGAUCAUUUGGUGGCCGUCUCCAAGAGGGCCUUCCACCAAGUAUGCUUGGUGCGCCAGUUGCGCCCCUUCCUUGACCGGGAUGCCUUAUGCACGGUCACUCAUGCCCUCGUAACUUCCUGCCUGGAUUAUUGCAAUGCUCUCUACAUGGGGCUGCCCUUGAAGUGCACCUGGAGGCUGCAGUUAGUCCAGAAUGCAGCUGCGCGGGUAAUAGUGGGAGCAACUCGUUGCUCCCAUGUAACACCACUCCUGCGCAACUUGCACUGGCUUCCUGUGGUCUUCCGGGUGCGCUUUAAGAUUUUGGUCACCACCUUUAAAGCGCUCCAUGGCUUAGGACCCGGGUACUUACGGGACCGCCUGCUGUUACCUUUUGCCUCCCACUGACCCGUACGCUCACACAGAGAGGACCUUCUCAGGGUGCCGUCCACCAAACAAUGUCGGCUGGCGGCCCCCAGGGGAAGGGCCUUCUCUGUGGGAGCUCCCACGCUCUGGAAUGAGCUUCCCCCUGGUCUACGUCAAGUGCCUGAUCUUCGGACCUUUCGCCGUGAGCUGAAAACGCACUUAUUUAUUCAAGCGGGACUGGCCUAAAAUUUUAUUGGGUUAAAAUUUUAUUGGGUUAUUUAUAUUUUAAUAUUUUAAUUCGUUUUAAAUCUGGCCACUUUAUAAUAUGUUUGUUUUAAUCUCUUUUAAUAUUGAUACUGUGAUUUUUUACUUGGCUGUACACCGCCCUGAGUCCUUCGGGAGAAGGGCGGUAUAAAAAUUGAAUAAAAUAAAAUAAAAUAAAUAAAAUAAAUAAAAUUUGGGAUGGACAGCUAGCACUUUGUUCAUCUGAGAUGGUUCACUGCUCAUCCAAACGUCAUCAGUCAGAGCAAAAUUAGUUAGGUAGAAUGUCAGAGAGUCAUAGGAAUGUACCAUUUCUUGCCACACCGACUUCAGAGGUUUCCCCCCAAAAUGGCUUGCAAUAUGUCAACGAAGACUCAAUCAUCCAAGGCCAAAGAUAUCCAAUUUUGGGCAGAAACCUCUGAAGUUGGUGUAAAUUGGGUGACCACACAACCCUGGGACAUUGCAGCCGUUAUAAACACUGAACGAUGCCAGGCAUCCAAAUUUUGACCAUGUGACCACGGGGAGGCUUGCAAGAGUUGUAAGUGUGAAAAACAAGUCUCUUUUUUCAAUUCUGUUGUAGCUUUGAAUGGUCACUGAGCGAACGGUUGUAAGUCGAGGGCUACUUGUGUCCUGCCCCUAAAAUUAAAUUAAAUUAAAUAUUAAAUUAAAUUAAAUUAAAUUAAAUUAAAUUUCAGCAAAGAAACCCAAGAAC